ACCAAAUUCAAAAGCUGGGGAAAUCCGGGAACAACCAACAGGACAUCGUCAAAUUUCUUGUUGCCGUUUGGUGGCAAACGAUUAAUCUCCCUCGCAACUGAACCAACAAAUAGACUGACUCGGGGACCAUAACCAACACUCAUUUCCUCAAAGCAGCCCGCAAAAGUACAACCAGCACCAUGGCUCUCCAUCAGUUCGGCGUCUCGCUUGAGACAUACCUCAUGGCCAACCCCACACUCAAGGGCGUGAUUGUCAGCGCCGUGGUCCUCCACCAACAUCACAUUCUCUUGAUUCAGCGCGCGCCAACAGAUGGCUUCCCCAACCUGUGGGAAACCCCCGGUGGCGGAGUUGACCUCGGCGACGAGACCCUCUCCCACGCCCUGGCACGUGAACUCCUCGAGGAGACUGGCCUUGCCCUCAACCAUGUCGUGGCACUGCUCGACCAACUCGAGUUCGAAGGAGCGUCAGGCGAAGGGCGAUAUCGGAAGCUCACCUUUCUUGUGUCUGUCGAGUCUACGCACAGUCUGCAGGAGCACCCGCAAGUUCGUCUCAACUCGACGGAGCACCAGGACUUUAUGUGGGUGUCAAAGGACCAUCUCCGCAUCGGGGUUUGCGGGGGAAAGGAGAUCAAGUUUGCUUAUCCUGGACAACUUGAAACUCUCUUUGCCGCCUUCGGAGCCGAUACAAAGAUGCCGACUGGGAUGGAAACACAAAGCGCUAUGAACGGGACAUGAGCGGCAGACAUGGCCUAUAAGAUUAU